AUGGCUCAACGACAAGACUUUCGGAGUACCCAACGUCCUCCCUUGGAUUUAUCGCAUCACUUUUCGCAGACCACCAAGAACCGACAAAGUAGUAAUGUGAAGGGACUGUACAAAUGGUUCCAGAUUCCUGGAAUGCAGAAUGUGGCCGGUGGCCUGCCCCACGAAUCAUAUUUCCCCUACGACACUCUCGAAGCUGCAGCCGCACACCCAUCUCGAUUCGACGAACCAAAAUCCUCAAAAGGAAAAAGCAGUAAGCCGGCAGAAUGGCAUGUGACCGUUCCCAAGACCCAGGAUACAACCGACAUCCUCAAAAAGAUUGACUUGGCCACGGCCCUUCAAUAUGGUACCGCUGAAGGUUAUCCACCCUUGGCUGCAUUUAUUCGCAAAUUUACUCGCGAUCAUCUUCAUCCGAACGUACCGUAUGCCGAAGGACCCGAAAUUAUAAUGACAUGCGGCUCGACGGAUGGACUUGCCAAGGCCGUUGAGGCUUUCACUAAUCCUUGGAAUAAGACCAAGGAUUGGAUCAGAGAUAAGGAAGGUGUCCUCUUUGAGGAGUUUGCUUAUAUGAAUGCUGUGCAGACAGUUGAACCUCGUGGUCUGAACGUCGUUACAGUUGGCGUGGACGCCGAUGGAAUGAAAGCAUCCGGACCAGGAGGAUUGGCAGAUGUGCUUGACAAUUGGGACUUUAGUCAGGGAAAACGCCCUCAUUUGAUGUAUACCGUGACCCUCGGCCAAAAUCCCACUGGCAGCACGACCUCCAUUGAGCGUCGCAAGGAAAUCUACUCCUUGUGUCAGAAAUACGACAUAAUCAUAAUCGAAGAUGAACCAUACUGGAACCUCCAAUUCCCAUCUUCGCGAGAACAUGCAGCCAAAUAUCGCGGAGAAGCUGCCGUACGGGCUGAUCUGUUCAACCGCAACUACAACGCACAUGGUCGAUCUUCCGGUUAUGAGUUCUUAGACAGUCUCGUGCCGUCAUUUUUGUCGAUUGAUGUUGAUGGCCGUGUCGUCCGUCUAGAUACUUUCUCCAAGACCAUUGCCCCCGGUUGUCGUCUCGGCUGGCUCACUGCGCAACCAGCUAUUGUUGAGCGUAUUGCGCGCAUCACCGAGGUCUCAACUCAGCAAGCUUCAGGCUUCGUCCAGGUCAUGGUUGCACAGUUGCUUCUACAACAGCAAGGUUCACCUGCCACAACACGUAAAGCAGCUGAUAAAGACGGCCUUGGCUGGACAUUAGACGGAUGGGUCCAAUGGCUCGCCGGACUCCGAGACGCCUACGAGCGCCGCGUGCACGACAUGUGCAGCGUUCUCGAAGAAGGCCGAACCGUCGCCAUCGACAAACCCGCCGCCCACAGACGCUCCAGCGGCCUCGACAGCUGGUCCGUCAUCAACAAAGUGCCCAUGUACGAAUUCGACUGGCCGCUAGCCGGUAUGUUCCUCUGGGUCAAGAUCCGCUACGACACCCACCCUCUACUCGAAAUCUACGGCGCUGAAAAAGUGUGCACGGCUCUAUGGUUCUUCCUGCUCAAGAAACCAUUUUUGAUCCUUUCUGCCCCCGGCACAAUGUUUGCCUCUACGGAGGCCAUGCGUGGUCGCGCUUUCCAGUAUAUUCGUCUCUGCUUUGCGCCCAUGGUUGAGGAGGCGGUUACGGAUAUUUCGCAGCAUUUUGUUGCGGGAUGCAGAGCCUUUUGGCAAUUAGAGAAUUUCGAUGAUAUUCCGGGUUUAGACGAUCCUGUUAUGCCCGAGAUGAUGGGUAUGCACAUGUGUUAA